ACACAAUAUAUUGCCUACAUUUUCUAUGCGCUCUCGGUUGUAUCCAUCAAGGUAUUGCUUAUUGCUAUACUGCUUCGAAUCUUUGCCGUACGAACGAUGAUGGCACGAUUUAUGAUUGGCUUGCUUAUAUUUAUCCUGGCCUAUUACACUGCGGUCAUAUUUGUCCGGAUAUUUCUAUGUACUCCAAUCUCAGCUUACUGGAUACCGAACACCGGUCAAUGCGUCGAUCUUCGUGCUCUCUUCACUGUCGACUCCUUUGUCAGCCUGUUUACCGACGCCGCAAUCCUUGUCCUACCCAUCGUUUUAACAUGGUCACUCCAGUUACGAAUGACUCAAAAAAUUAAAGUUGUGGCUAUCCUUGGAGCCGGCGGGGUAGCUACACUAACGAAUGUCUAUAGAAUAUGCCUGUUAUUCAAUUCUUGGACAAAUCUCGAUAGCACGACCCUUAUUACAAGAGUUGAAUUUGCUGGUAACGCUGAGGUUACGAUCGGUUUCAUUUGUACCUGUAUACCUUCUAUUAACGCGUUGUUUUUCCGAACACGGCAACCUAUCUCUGACUCAUCUUGA